AUGCUCUCCGAGAGCUUUGUUGCGUCGUUCCUAACGUCCAACAACCAACAAAUCUCGCCCGCGCUCAAGGAUGCUGGGAUAUGCCUCCAUGAAUUUCAGCCGGCGCAAUCACUUCGUCUAACUUUUAAGAAGAGCUCCACUGAUUCCAAUUGCUUGGCUGUGGGUAGUUCACACAUAUUCGCGUCACAAGCCGGCAAAGCGGUCGUUCAUGUGUACAGCCGGGAGAAGAAUAAUCAGGAAGCGACCGUACCUUUUCCGGAGCGAAUUCGAAGUCUCACAUUAGCAGGAGGAUUAAGCGAACCCGGAUUGCUAGUCCUGGGUACGGAAGGCGGGAGGAUUAUUGUGUGGGAGACAUGCACAGGGCGCCAAAUAUCGACAACAGCCUCCCAUUUACAACCCGUUACUUCGUUGAUCGUAGACCCAACCAACAAUUUCAUUUUGUCUGGUUCGGAAGAUUCAAAUAUCCAUGUCUGGGCGAUCCCUCUUUUAACCUCCUUCUCUCGUUCAUCCAGCUCCCAGACACAAACACAAUCCAAUUCCCCGCUCCGGACAUUUUCUCACCAUAGAGCACCAAUUACGAGCCUUGCGGUUGGCCAUAGCUGUAGCAAGAAUAAUGUUGCGAUUUCUACGUCCCGUGACAAUACCGCCAUUGUAUGGGAAUACCGAACCGGAAAACUAUUACGCACAUUCCUCUUGCCAGCAACCCCGCUGUGCUCGGCUGUGGACCCCGCAGACCGUGCAUGUUAUGUCGGAUAUGACGAUGGUAGCGUUCAAAUAAUAUAUUUCUUCAAAACGCCUUCGAUCCAAAACGUACUUCACGACAGUAGCCAACAGUCCACCCCCUCACAGCUCUCAGCAAAUGAGCGAUGGCUUCCACCCAACCUUGAUCUGGGCGCAGCACAAUGCCUCACGCUCUCAUAUGAUGGAAUGACACUUCUAUCAGGUCACAAGGGCGGAGCAAUUGUAUGCUGGGAUAUCGCCAAGGGAAGAUAUGCCUCGACCCUAACCACUUAUGGUUGUCCCGUAACCAACCUGCAGAUGCUGGCGCCGACUGGCUUCGUCCAAGAGAGCAGCGAGUCGACCAGAUUAACUAUCCACAAUAUUGUCAAACCACGCUAUGAUCAUGCCCUUUCAAAUUCGGCACAACUUGGAGACGUUAUUCCAGCGACAUACACUUUCCAAGCUCACCUCACCGGUCCACUGCAUCUAGACAACUCCCAACCAACAGAUGAGUUCUCAGAAGCGCUAACCCAUCCGCUUUUCCCUCCAUCCUUGAUAUCAGAAGGGCUAGCUGAGCUUUCUGCCCUUGAAGCUGGCACCACCAGCUCGACAACGAACGGUCAAAUAUCUCAACCUGCGGCUCGAGAAAACCUAGAUACUUCCAAAGUUCAAUCGCUGGAGGAAGAAAUCGCACAUUUGAAGAAACAGGGUUCCCUCCAAGAAUUAGCAACUAGAGCCAGCGUUGAGGAGCUGGUAAAACUCCGGCAACAUAUCGCCAGUCUAGAAGAUAAAAACAACGAGCUCUAUGAGAGACAGCAAAAGGCAAAACAGGCCAGGCUAGAGAAGCAAGCGCGGCAGGAAGAACGUGCGCUCAAACGUAGGAAGGCAUGGUUUGAGGCUGAGAAGAAAGGGGAGAAUGGAGAUGCGGUCAUGCGAAAAAUGGAAGCUAAGGACGAAGAAGAUACGAGCGACGCAGACAUUAUGAGUAGUGGCGAUGAUUAA